AUGCUGAGGUUCGAGGAAGUGACUUGUAAGGUGCGUCAUUUUUGGACAGAUUUCGGAAGCAAGGAUUGCUUCCAGCUACUCGACAUUCUGCGGAUACUGGGAGCAGCCACCUCAAUUUGUCUGCUCAAAAUGCAGUUUAUGUGGACGCAUAACAAACAAGUAAAACGCAUGAUUGACUACGUGGCUUCCAAGUGCAACUUUUCCAGUGAUGCCAAACAUGAUAGUUCAGUUCGGGAGAAGUACUCUACCAGAGCACGAAACACAAUUCGAUUCGUACUGGGUUUGAUAGCGGUGAACCAAGUUCUGUUCUCGAUCCCACACCCCCAACAGGACAAGCUUUACCACUUUCCACUCUUAGCCUUUCUCGGAACAUCUUGGAUAAGACAGUUGGUACAAAUUGUCUACAUUUCUACCAUUCCGAUUAUUUGGUAUAGCAAAUACUUCUGGUGCACCGGCAUGAUCGUCGUCAUUCUGAUGAACCUUCAAGGAGAGCUGAAAAUUCUAGUUCAUAAAUUCAGUGAUGUUUUGGAACACAUGGAGCAGUUUGAAUCUGAUAACAACCUGGAUCGCACUCAAGCUCGAACACUUUUUUGGAACCAACUUAACGAAGAUGUCAAAUCGGCACUAGAGCAGCACGUCCAGUUUAUCAAAUACUUCCAGUCGAUUCAACCAAUCCUGGGGGUUUCGUUCCUGCUGUACUACUACUUUGCGCUGGCAACCUACGCCUCGGUGCUAUUUUUCAUCCUGAACGAACCGAUUUCGUUUGGAACCAUCUUUCAAGCGACCUCUGUGCUGGGAAGUGUCCUUGAGUGCUACCUGAUUUGUCUGUUGGUUGAUAAUUUUCAAGAAAUGAACGAAGAAAUCCAAGCAAUCGCGCGAGAUAUUUGCAUCCGGAUGCCGCACAGCCAGGAUUACCACUCGGAUUACGUCCAGAUGAGGACGACGAUGAUGAUCAUUCUGCUAAGUAACAACAGCUUGAUCAGCUGCGCCGGAGUGUUUGACAUUUCGGUGGAAACGUUUGCCGGAUUGAUCAAUGCAUCCUACUCGUACUUGACGUUUCUGUUGAGUUUUCUUUGA